GGACCGGGACCGGCCCCGGGCCGGCUGCGCGGCACGCACCGUUUCGCACGUUGGGCUGAAACACGGCAAACAAGGAAUAUGAACAGGAAAACAAGGCGCUGGAUCUUCCACAUCUUCCUGAGCCUGGGGAUUGUGUAUAUCAAGAUCGGGGGUUUUUCCUCUGUGGUGGCCCUCGGAGCCAGCAUCAUCUGUAACAAGAUCCCGGGUCUGGCCCCCCGGCAGCGGGCGAUCUGCCAGAGCAGGCCCGACGCUAUUAUCGUCAUCGGGGAAGGGUCCCAGAUGGGCAUCAACGAGUGCCAGUUCCAGUUCCGCAACGGGCGCUGGAACUGCUCUGCCCUGGGAGAGAGGACCGUCUUCGGGAAGGAGCUCAAAGUGGGUAGCAGAGAAGCAGCAUUCACAUACGCCAUCAUUGCUGCUGGAGUAGCACAUGCAAUCACAGCUGCCUGUACACAGGGCAACCUGAGUGACUGUGGCUGUGACAAAGAAAAACAAGGACAGUACCAUAAAGAGGAAGGAUGGAAAUGGGGAGGCUGCUCUGCAGACAUCAGAUAUGGAAUAGGAUUCGCCAAAGUAUUUGUGGAUGCCCGGGAGAUUAAGCAAAAUGCAAGGACACUCAUGAAUCUGCACAACAAUGAGGCUGGGCGGAAGAUUCUGGAAGAAAACAUGAAGUUAGAGUGCAAGUGCCAUGGGGUCUCAGGAUCUUGUACCACUAAAACAUGCUGGACAACUCUGCCUAAGUUCCGGGAGCUGGGCUACAUCCUUAAGGACAAAUACAACGAAGCUGUUCAAGUCGAACCAGUGAGGGCAAGUCGUAACAAGCGUCCCACCUUCCUGAAAAUAAAGAAGCCACUUUCCUAUCGCAAACCCAUGGAUACAGAUUUAGUGUAUAUAGAGAAAUCUCCCAAUUAUUGUGAAGAAGACCCUGUCACUGGCAGUGUGGGAACACAGGGCAGGAUGUGCAACAAGACAGCCCAGCAGUCCAACGGCUGUGAUCUCAUGUGCUGUGGUCGAGGUUACAAUACACACCAGUACUCAAGAGUGUGGCAGUGCAACUGCAAAUUUCAUUGGUGCUGCUAUGUUAAAUGCAACACUUGCAGUGAGAGGACAGAAGUAUAUACCUGUAAGUGAGCACGUGGCUGGGCAGGCUGGCAUGUCCCUGGCCACGAAUACAUUUGCACAUGCACUCAAAGUACCUACAGAAGACUGCAGGAAAGACCUUCUCUCCCAGAAGAAAUGCUGAUGAAUGGAGCCCUCUCUUUUCUUCUCAUGUUUCACUGCUUCUGUGAAUACACAUUUCAGACUCAUAUGAAAGUCAGCCAGGAAACAAAAACAAAGAACCCCCACCCUGAGCCACCUGACACACAAAACAGGGAGGGAAAAAAGAUCAUCUCAGUUAAUGUGCGCCUCUAAAGCAAGAAGUAUUGACUGCCUUGUGAAGAGACACCGCUCAGAGGAAAAGUUCUGAGCUUCGCAACUAACUCUUGGUUUGGAAAAACUUCAGUGUAACAAGGAGCAGCGAGGGGCAGAGGAGAAAUCCUCAAAAAGGGCUUUGCACAGGAUGGGAUGGACAGUGCCUUGUCGUGAACUGCCCAUGUGAGUGUGUGGAUGACACAGAAUUAGGCUUCUACACUCGUGAAAAGCUUCUGCUGCUCUUGCCCAUCUUUCCACUUCAUACUAUUUGCUACAGCAAGUAGAACUUUUGAAGUUUUCUGUAGACACUGCUUUAUCUGCCUUUCUUGUGUGUGUGUGUGUGCUGCAGAUUUCAGCACAGGGAGUUGGGACACUUCAGCAUAAUAAUAGCAAUAUUUAACAAUUUAUUCAGAUAAAACUAAUAUUAAUUUAUUUAAUUAAAAAGAACUCUACCAACAUUUUUGGAUCUAUUCUGCAAUUAAAGUAGAUAGCUGGCUUUGUGGAAUAAUUUUGUAGAAACAGCAAGGAAAAACGGGAGCUGUAUAUAUUAUUCUUCACUAGGAUAUUUCUAUUAGUUGGACUUGCAGGAUGUGUUCUACAGUACUAGAUGUUUAAGUACAAAAGCUGGCAUCUUUAUAUAUAUAUGUACAUACACAAACACACACUGUUGUUUUGGGGUUUUUUGUUUGUCUGUUUGUUUGUUUUCUCCUGUUUGCUGCUAGAUGUCUGGAACAAAAGUCAAGUGGUAGGGGUUGCAAAUCUUUACCAGUUUUGGGGUGGUUUUCCUUCCAUUAAAGAAAGAAAUGUUGCUAAAAUCCUGUUUGGAAUAUGUCUAAAAAAAAAAGAAAAUCCAGACAAACCCAUCUUUUGGAAAAAUCAACCAUAGGAUAAGAGAGUAUAUUUUGUAAGAGACUAUUUUUAUAUAAAUAUUUUAUUUAUACUA